GCAGAUACCUAUCUCCCUGUCCCCCAAGAUGGACUGGUUGACUGUUUAAGUACAUGCUUAUUGGCUGACUGUCUCUCUUUCUAGCUGAAUGUCUGGCUGCAUAAGGUUGUUGUUGACUCGCUGGUUGACUGUCUCUCUGUCUGUCUGUCUGUCUGUCUGUCUAGUUGACCAACCAGUCGACUGGCUGACCAACUGAAUUGCUGCAAAGCUGGCUGACUAGCAGGCGAGCAGGUUGGCUUGCUGGCUGUCCUGCUUGCUGGCUUGGUAGGUAAUAGGAGUGCCCAUCUGAAGAGUUUUAUGGCACUCACCACGGUCCAAAGUCUGCGUGCGGACCUCUGUCAGCCAGGGCUGUGUGGUCCGGCCGCCUCUCUCUCUCUCUCUCCCUCUCUCUCUCGCUCGCUGUCUCUCUCGCCGUGUCAGUGCUCGGGCUCCUGUCCCCUGCUGGUAUGAGGAUCCUUGUGUCCCCUUAGCCAGCAUGGAUCUAUGGGAUUAUGAUGUGGAGCUUCCCCAGCCUCUAGCCCACCCCCCAGCCAACGACCCCCAUGAGCUGCUGUACCUAGAGAGGACGUCUAAGGAUCUGGAGAGAGAGCCUGAGAGCAGGGCAGAGAUCGAGGGGAACUGUCCAGUGUGUGGAGAUCGAGUAUCUGGCUACCACUACGGACUGCUCACCUGUGAGAGCUGCAAGGGGUUCUUUAAACGGUCAGUGCAGAACAGCAAGCACUACAGCUGCUCGGAGAGACAGAGAUGUCCCAUGAACCCCUCCCAGAGGAAGCGCUGUCCAUUCUGUCGCUUCCAGAAGUGCUUAGCUGUGGGUAUGAAGCGAGAGGCUGUGAGAGCAGACCGCAUGAGGGGUGGCAGGAACAAGUUUGGCCCCUUCUAUCGCAGAGACCGGCAAUUAAAACAGCAGGUCUAUUAUCAACCAAGCACUGCCCCCUACAGAGUCAAAGCAGAGACUACCCCAACGCACCAGCCAACGCCCCAAAGUGACCAUCUGAUGAUCAAUCACCCGCUCGUUCCAUUUUCCUCAGAGCCUUUCUACCAACCCCAUGUGGUUUAUCCCUCUGGCCCGGGCCACCAGUCAGAGGCCAUCAUGCCCCAGGACUGCAUUCGGAACACAGUCACUGGACUAGCAGCCCUACCCUUCACUGGAUUGUAUCAACCCAACAUGCGUGAGUUCCCUCUGGAGAAAACAGAAUACCCACUUAGCUCUAGCUUAACCCUGGUGAACUCAAUGUCGUCCUCCAUGGCCAGUGAUGGCUUCCUACCCUCAAGCCCGGCAAUGUCAGCCUCCAACUCCACGUCAAGUUCAACAGCUUCCACGCCGGUUCCCUUUCCGUAUACGUCAGUCGAGGACCCCUCGGAAAACUUCCUCGCCCAGCUCUUAAAUGGGGAGCCCGAGGAAGGCCAGCUGUGUGCCAAGGUCCUGGCCUCCCUGCAGAGGGAACAGGCCAACCGAGGCAAACACGACUGUCUGAACACCUUCAGCAUCAUGUGCAAAAUGGCCGACCAGACACUCUUUGGCCUUGUGGAGUGGGCCAGGAACUGUGCUUUCUUCAAGGACCUCAAGGUAGAAGACCAGAUGGCGCUGCUGCAGAGCUGCUGGAGUGAGCUGCUUGUGUUAGACCACCUGAGUAGACAGGUGACCUAUGCGAAGGAGGGCUGCAUCUACCUGGUCACUGGGCAGCAGAUAGAGGUGUCCACUGUGCAGUCCCAGGCAGGGUUGACCCUGAGCAGCCUGGUGUCAAGGACCCAGGACCUGGUGUCCAAGCUGAAGGCCCUUCACCUGGACAAAGAGGAGUUUGUCUGCCUCAAAUACCUAGUUUUAUUCAACCCAGGGUCCACGCCUGUGACUGCAUACUGUGUUCCUGUGUCCAGACGUGAAGUUCAUCCAGAGCCGCAGGCAGGUGGAGAGGACCCAGGAGCAGGUGAACCGAGCCCUGAUGGAGCACACGCAGCGCAGUCAGUCCGACAAGUUCGGCCAGCUGCUGCUUCGUCUGCCCGAGGUGCGCAGCAUCAGCCUACAGGUUGAGGAGUACCUGUACCAGCGGCACCUGCUCGGAGACCUGCCCUGCAACUCCCUGCUCACGGAGAUGCUGCAUACCAAGCACAGCUGAGGCGGUGGAAGCGCAUGUUCCCCUUGGGAACCCGAGGUCACCGACUGCAGCGCACGUUCACACACACACACACACACACACACACACACACACACACACACACACACACACACACACGCAUACCUCUGGAUAGGUGUUUAGAACAGCUUUUUAUUAGCUGCAAUUUGAUUUAAAUCUGUCGAUUCUGUAGAAUAGGUUAAUUCCUUAGCCUAACGCUGUUUUACCACCAAGAAAAUAAUAUCUAUCUUUAUCCAGGCCAUUUUAUGUUUUUUAAUUUGAGCAUUUGAUGUUUUGGAGUGUUGCGAACCACAGCCAUUACUUUUGAUUUGUCAAUGUUUGUGUCCACGUGGGCAGUCUUUGGUCAAAGGAAUUUCUAUUUGUCAAACUGUAAAUAUAUCAGCAUUUGCCUUGCAGUAUUCAACAGAGCCCCCUGACGAUAGUAUAGUUGAACGACGUAUGCCUAUAGCAUUUAAUAUAUUUCAGAAAGGUUUUGAGCCAUCAGUUCAACCAGAAUGUUUUACAUUCCUUGUUUUAGUAUUAUAGUAUUAACGUAACAAGAACAUCUGUUGAUAUUUCAUUCAACCUUCUUCUAACUACAGACAAGUAAGCCGUUAGCGAAAAAUAUGGAAUGUAAAUAAUGGGUUAAUAAACUCAAAAUGGAUGUAACACAA